AUGCAGCUCUUAUCGCGACCCGGGGAAAGCGAAGGAAUCCCCGAUUUCGCCGAUGAGAUAGCCGGGGAAUGCGGGAGGCACAACGUAUCAGAGUGUGGAAUUUCCGCCAAGGUUCGUGGCGUCCCGCCGGGCAUCGCGAGUUUUACCGGUGCAAAGUGUGGGGAUGGCGCGAAUCCGCUCUAA